ACCCGUAAAACCUCCAACAACCCCAAUCAACAUGAAGUUCUUCGUUGCCUUCUUCGCCCUGGUUGCCCUGGUCGCUGCCCAGGAGCUCUACACCAACAAGUUCGACACCGUGGACCUGGACGAGAUCCUCAAGUCCGACCGGCUCUUCAAGAACUACUACCAGUGCCUGCUGGACGAGGGCCGUUGCACUCCGGACGGAAACGAGCUGAAGCGGGUGCUGCCGGAAGCCCUGGAGACGAACUGUGCCAAGUGCAGCGAGAAGCAGAAAACCGCCGGAAAUAAGGCCUUCAAGUACCUGGCGGCGAACCGACCGACCGAGUGGAAGGCGCUGCUGGCCAAGUUCGACCCGGAGAGCAAGUACACCGCCAAGUACUCCGACGCUGCUUAAAGUUCCCGGCAAAAAUCUGGAUUUCUGUGUGUGGUUGCAAGUGGAAUGAGUGGAUGAGAGUGUGAACUUCCUUUCUAACCCUAUAACUUUGAGCUUUUCUUUUUUAUUUGUCUUUUGUUAGUUCUUUUAUGUUGUUUUUUUUUCAUGUUUAGUUUGUUUGAAAAUAAAAAAAG